AGUGCAGAGGAAACAAGUUAUACCACCCGGCCUAGCAGCACGCGUUUCGCCCCAGCGCGACUCGUCCGAUACACUAGUGUACUUGCAUCUGCGAGACCAUAUGUCGUCCAUCGAACGGCUGUUUGCCCACCGCCGACGCUGCUGCUGCUAUAGCACCCUCCCUUAUUGCACAGGGAGCGAGGCUGAUAUCACCUCUGCAAGGCCCCCACUGCAAUUACCUACUUGCGCGCUAACGCGUGAACGCCAUCGCCCACCAUGGCAAAGGAAAUGAGCACUGCAAUCUCGGAAUAGAAACCUGCACGUUGCCCAUCACUGCACAUCCUCUUUUGAAUCAC